CUGCAUUACAUUCUUCUUUGUAAGAUAAACAUCUCCAAAAAUAGUGAAGUCUUUUUAAGCCCCAACAGAAUUCACCAUCAAGUGCGUAAAUCAGGAUGAGACGUGAGCCGUUCAACGAAACUACGGCCGUCAAAGUUGACAAAUUUCUGAGCACCUUACUGUGCUGUCACGCCCUAAGCAAUCCAAGUAGAAAUCCCCUCUCCUUCCUGUUUUGUUUUGUUUUUCUAUUUGGCAGCACACACUCUCUCUCUCUAGUUUUUCACUUCAGUGGAAAGCAAAAACCAGCUGCACAAUCCGCACGGCAUUUUGCUGUGCAGCUGCCAGAUCAACGGAAGAAUCAGAAUGAUGCCGCUAAUGUGGUGUUCUGCCCCACUGUCGCCACCGCCGGAAGCGGUGGUGGGUACGUUAAUGGCAAAGAAAGAUGGAAGCCUUAGGAGUGUGGUGAUCAAUAUGAGGGGUGCAGGUACAAAUAAUGGGUUCCCAUCGUUCCUUCCAAAGGAGGUUGAGAAAAUUAAGGACCCUGCCAGAACGUUGGCUCAGAGGAUGGAGAGGCUCCCUGUGCCGAUUGCGUCGUCUGAAAGUUGUAUCAUGAGUAGUUGUGUAAGGCCUCGAAAACAAAGUGAGAUCAAUCCGGUGGUUCUCCUCCAUUGCUUUGACAGUUCUUGUUUAGAAUGGAGGUGUGCGUACCCCCUGCUUGAAGAGGCUGGGUUGGAAGCUUGGGCUGUUGAUGUUCUUGGGUGGGGCUUUUCUGAUUUAGAAAGGUGUCCACCAUGCAGCCCAGCAUCCAAGCGGCAUCACCUCUAUCAGUUUUGGAAGUCCUACAUCAGAAGACCGAUGGUAUUAGUUGGACCAAGCCUCGGUGGUUCUGUUGCAAUUGACUUUGCAUACCACUAUCCAGAAGCUGUUGAAAAGCUGGUUUUAAUCAAUGCAAGCGUCUACGCAGAAAGCACCGGAGACAUGGCAAAGUUACCUAAAGCUGCGACCUACGCUGGGGUUUCUUUAUUGAAGAGCACCCCUCUACGGUUCUACGCAAAUAUGCUGGCCUUUAACGGCAUUUCAUUAGCUACAACCUUUGAUUGGACUAAUGUCGGACGCUUACACUGUCUGCUGCCUUGGUGGAAAGAUGCAACAGUUAGUUUUAUGAGUAGCGGAGGCUAUAAUGUUGUUUCCCAAAUAAAACAGGUGAAGCAGAAAGUACUAGUGAUUUGCAGCGAGCAAGACAAUAUUAUCAGCUACAAACAAAUAUUGGUGAGUUUUGAGCUCCUACCUGCUACUUAACUUUUCCUGUCGUACUUAAACCAAGCUUGUUUCGCAAUCAUUUUAAGAUGGAGGACUUAAUUUAUU